UAAAGCUAAGACACACUACAACGCAGAAUAGAAGAUCCAUACAUACACACACAUAUAAAUAGAAGUAUACACACACAUUAUGUUGUGAAGUGGAGGUGUGAUAAAGCGUGAUGGGGGGGCGAGGUCAGUCUGCUGUGACUGUGACAGACGGUAUGUAAAGCAGAUGGGGUUGCUGUGUGUGUGUGUGUGUUGUUGGGUUUGUUUCACAAACGAGUGAAGAGAGCCGCAGUGAAUACCUCAACCCAUGGGCCUGAAACAUUCCCAGCCCCAGCUGUUCCCGGGAGACAUCGUGGAGUAUCCCAGGAACAAAUACUUCUCUCAUUUCGCGGUGUACUACGGAGAGAGGGAGGGUGUACCCUACGUGGCUCACCUGACAUGCCGAGAUUCAGACUCCAAGCUGCCGCUCUUUGGCCGAGCUCUGAGGUCAGAGGUCAAACUGGAUCCACUGGAGCUGCUGGGGAGAAAGUACAAGGUCAACAACAUGUUGGACGACGCGUACCCAGCCAGAGACUUCCACGGCGUGGUGAAGCCGGCGAUCGAUGACUUGAUGGGACGAGAGGUGACGUUCGAUAUCUUGUUUCAUAACAGCGAGCACCAGGCGACGCUCCUCAGAUACGGAGUGAAGAAAUCCUCACAGAUAGAGAGGAUUUAUGAACACAUCAUGCCGGCCUGGAAGAAACUGUUUGAGAAGAAAAAACUGUAAAACCUUCUACGUGUUCAGUUCUCCUGUCAACCACUGGAGGGCGAUAUCUUGUUUCUUUAAUCCGUCGUUGGGAAUAAAAGUUAAAAUGUCUCAGAUAAAAAAGUUGGAAUAUUUCCAGAAGAAAGAGAAAAUAAAAUGUUAUAAUAAUAAUAAUAAAAAGAUUUAAUCAUUUAUUUUAUAUUUUUAUCUUUAAUCAAAAUGUUUUUAACCAAACCUUUUCAUGUAUUAUUUUUUAAAUCGUUUUAAUUAUUAUUUUCUGAUUCUUUUGUCUUUAUUUGUUUUGUCGUCUUUUUCUAACAAAUAAUCUCACAUUGCUUUAAAUAUAAAUAAAUCUGUGUACCAAUCAAAUCCAUCUUUAACAGCAAUAACAAUAAACUGAAUUUCCUGCUUUA